UCCUCACAGUCCUCCUGCAGAAAUACAGCAUCCCAUUCAAAGAUGAGUUGCGGCGUGCGUUAUCUGACGGCCUUCAGAAGUCUGGUCCAGCAUCCAGGGCGCCCUCUAAAGGACCGUGUGACAUGGCGAGAGACUGUCCCGAGGACCACUUCAGCUUCUACGUGCGGAGCGGCGCCGCCAACGUCGUGGCUCCAAAGAUCUGCCUCCGAAACAAACUGGUUCUGGGAUCAGUCCUCAACAACGCUGGACCGGGAAUCAACAUUGUUACAAUACACGGUAAAACCGGAGACGUGUUGAAGACGGCUCACUUUGACAUGUACAGCGGCAAUGUGAAACCUCUGGUUGAGUUUCUGAAGAGCAUCGAGACGGGCUCCGUGGUGCUGAUGGCGUCCUACGACGAUCCCUCCACCAAGUUGGAUGAGGAGGCCAGGAAGCUGAUUGCUGAGCUUGGAAGCUUGUCUGUGAAGUCUCUGGGCUUCAGAGAUAACUGGGUGUUUGUGGGGGGGAAAGGAGCGUCCGUGCACAGCAACUUUGAGAAGUACCAGAAGAACGAAAAAACAAAGAAUAAAUAUGAAAACUGGCCCGAGCUCAUCGAAAUUCAGGGAUGCAUCCCCAAAUACCUGGACUGAGCCCCCUGUUCAUCCUAAAGGAACAUUUCUGCAGGAGGACCAGCUGAUACGUUGACUGUAAAAAGACAAGGCGUUGUGUGUAAACUGAGCUGUGGACGGACCAGGUUCUGCGUCGUUAGAAGCACACACUGAGAAACCACCUGAACUCUCUCUCACUGAGCUCUGAUGGAUGUGCUGCAUCCAGCAGGAUCGCUCUGGAUUAUUACCCAAUAACUCAGGGACUUUUAGGUGACGGGAAACGAUUCAGAUUUUUUUUUUGGGAUGGAAUAAUGUGCAAAAAGUCUUCCUUUUGAAAAUAAAUAAAUCACAAAGGUGUGCAUCUCACUUGGGAUUUAGUAUAUGUUUACAGCAUCCAACUUUUAAAUGUUGUUUUUAGUCUAAUCAUUGCCUUAGGCCACAUGUGAGGCCAAAUCCAGCCUGUCGCAGGUUUUGAUCCGGCCCACAUUUCAAUUUAGGUUUACAAUAAAUUUAGGCCCACCUAGUUUUUGUCGCUUUUUCCAAAGUUUUUUUUACAUUUUUGUUGCUUUUUUCGUCAUUUUUUUACGCCUUUUCCGGCGGUUUAUGUGCUUUUUUCAAUGCUUCAGGCCCUUUGUUUUAACAUCUUGGAGGCUUUACUCAAUGUUUUGGCACUUUUACGAUGUUUUUGGCAAGAAUUUUUCCAACUUUUUUGGCGCUUUUUUUAACGCAUUUGUCGCUGGCUGAGGAACUUUUGUUCCUUGUAAG